ACCCGGCGGGUCAACAGGUUGACGUGGCUAACGCAAUGUCAGCUGACGAGGCCGACCCGGGUACACUGGCCGUUUCCGAAGAGACAGAAGCAGAGAAGACCACGGCAGGCGAUAUGGUGGACGUGGAGGAGGGGUCCGGUGACGCGACUGACGUAGAGGACUCACCAAUGGAGGACUUACCUGCUGACUCGAUCCCGGCGGCGGAGAACACGCCCUCCGCCCUUACCCUUUCCGCUGAGGACGUAGCCGCCGACCCGGCACCUGCGGUAGCGCCGCUCAGUGGGCCGGUGAUGAUGACCGGGGCGUUCGCCGGGUUCUCCGGGCACGUGAUUCCCAUCCUGGCCGACUCGGAGGACGAGCGGCGGAUCGAGGACGCGCUGGCGGCCGCGCAGCAGAAGGACGACGUGGAGGGCUCCGGACUGGUCGGUCCGCCGCGGCCCGAGCUCACCGUCACCAACAUCAUGAAGGCGGUGCUGAGUGAGAUCGAGUCCCGCCAGUCUGCGGUUCAGACCAUCGUGGACGAGCCGGGAUCCGAGCAACUGCCGGAGCAGGCGGCGGCGCCAGAGACGGGCAGUCAGAUGUUGGAGGGAACGUCCUUCGACGACCCAGAGGUCGGUCCGGCGGACUCUGACGAGAUGCUGCCUGUCGCCAUCAGCUCAGCAGAAAAAGCAGUCUCUGCAGCACCAGAUCAUGUUGAGGGUAGCGGCGCAGAGCAGGAUGAAGCAGAACAUCAUUCUUCAUCUGUUUCCGGUGGCAAGAUAGCGCAGGAGGAAAUACUUGUAGAAGAAAAACUGAUGCCCGAGGAGCAUAUGAAAAUCAAGGUGGAAAAGCACGCUUCUGUAGAGAGCGGCGAAGCGAAGAUCGAGGCUAACGAUACUAGCGAAAAAGUGAUGCAAGAAGUUCAUAAAGGCGCUGAACCAGAGUCCGCGUCCGUGCACGAGCCAGAACCUGAGUCCGAGCCUGCCUUGGAGUCUGAACCAGGAAAUCCGGCGGAAACUGAACCAGAGGCCACGUCCGAACCUGAACCAGAACCAGUAUCGGAACCUGAACCAGACCAUGCAUCGGAACCUGAGUCAGAGCCUGAAACAGAGCCUGCAGCUCAACCAGAUCAGGAUCAUGUGUCCCAUUCCAAAUCAGAAUACGACCCCGAUGAUGAAUAUGAACCGAAUCCAGAACCCGAGUCAGAACCAGAGCCAUCAUCUAGCCCAGAACCCGAAGUCAAAUCAGAACCAAAGCCUGAGACAGUGACACCUAUGGCCAACGCUGAGCCAGAGCUCCAGUCUACGCCGGAGCUCAUACCUGAGAAAGAACCGGAGCCUGCCCUUGCAUCACAGUCAGAGUCAAAGGCCGACUCAAAGUCCAAGACCGAGGCUACAUUGGGGUCGAAGUCAGAACCAGUACCUGAUCUUGAGUCAGGUCCUGAGUCCACGCCAACAUUGGAGUCAAGAACAGAUAUUACACUCGAAACAAAUGUAGACAAAAUGCCUGAGCCAGAACCACAAUCAAAGCCCAUGAGUGAGUCUAUUUCUCAAAUGGAAGCGGAGAUGAAGUCUGAAGUGAACUCAGGAACGGAACCACAGGAUGUAACCGAAUCUGCAACAUCUUCAGGAACGGGCGAAGAAACAAAAUCAAAGCCAGCAUCUAAGCCAGAGUCAGAAUCCUCAUCAGAACACCAGAAUAAGGCUAAACAAGAGACCAAAACAGCAGCAGAGCCGACACCCCAGUCGGCGAUGGACCCCGAGACGACGGAACUGACACCCGACGCCGACGUUCCGUCUGACGCAGCGGUCGAGUCUCAGUCUGCGUCUGCUACUGAGGAAGACACCGGCUCUGCUGGAGCAGUUGAAGUAGCUCCCGAGUCAAACCCUGAUGCUAAAGGUGAACAAGAACAACUUCAACCCGAAGAUACUGCCGAGACAAGUCCAGACUCAGAAGCUGCUGGGUCGGAAAUGCCCGACCAGAAUAUGAAAACAAGGGAAAACAGCGACGCGGGCGGUAUGACCGAGGGUAGCGACACCGGCGACGACAGCGUCCCGUCUGACCCGUCAGAACCCACCGAGCCCUCCACGGAGCCGACCACGCCCCCGACCCCGAGCACCACCACCCGGCGGCCGCUGCGGCCGCUCGGCUUCCUCUCGAUCCUGGACCUGCUCACCGGGCGGCGGCCCGUCUCCAGCCUUCCCACCCGGAUCCCGCCGCGGGCACCUCUGCGGACCACCCUGGCACCCACACCCGUGCCGGUCCCGACGGUAAGACCCACUCAGUCGCCGUUAGCAGGAACCUCGUCAGAGACGACCGGCUCUGAACACUCGGAGCAACCGCUGACAGGGUCAGGUCAUGAGGGGACGGGCCAUCACAGUUCUUCCCCGGUCUCUGCGGAGCCCGGAUCAGAACAGAGUCCCAUUCGGCGCACUGAGACGGAUGGCAAGGAAUCCCUCCCGGAGGCUGAGGUUGCACCUCCAGGGAGGCCCGUAGUGAACACUGAGGCGGCGCCGGCUACAUCUUCAGCUCCCGUGCCAACCAAAUCACCCCGGCCUGCACCUAGCACAACCCCGCGGACGGCACCAACCACCACACUUCGGCCGGUGCCAACAACGCCUAAGGAGCGGCUGGCUCUGGACGUGCUGCAAAACACCGAGUUUGAGGAACACGAGCUGCCGCCGGCACUGCCCAACCUCAGGAUCAUCCCGUUCGUGGCGGCGGACGCCGUGGUGAACCGCUACCCCGAGGAGCUGUCGGCGGAGAGUCUGAGCAGCCGGUUCGGUCUGACUGCCGCCGACCCGCCAGCUCAGCAGGACACCCGCGCGCCACCAGACUGGUGCCGCGUGGAGGAGCGGCUGUACCGGCACGGAGAGCUGGUGUACCGGCCCGAGCAGCCCUGCCGCACCUGUCGCUGCUACCGCGGACGGGUGCUCUGCCAGAACACCGAGUGUCCGCCGGUGCCAGCCGGCUGCCGAGCGAGGACACGGCGCGGCUUCUGCUGCCCGCAGAUCAUCUGCGCUGAGGAGGUGACGGAGUCGGUGGAUGAAGCUCUCGGCCCGGUGGCGGAGCUGGCGGGCGCCGCUCCUCCAGUGCCUACCACCAGGGAGCCCGUGUUUCCUACUAGGAAGCCCGUGAUUACUACCAGGAAGCCGGUGUUCGCUACACGAGAGCCCGUGGCUACAAGAGAGCCUGUGAUCACCACCAGAGACCCGGUGUUCGCUACCAGGGACCCGGUGUUCACCGCCAGCGACUCAGUGUUUACGACAAGAAGGUACGUGUUCGCUACCACGGCGGCGCCGCCGCUGCUGCCGCCCGGCCGGCGCCGCAUCCGCCCGAAGCCGGCGCGGCUGGCGGACGCCCUGGCCUCUGCCAGCACCACCACCACCGAGUCGAGCCGGACGGAGACGGCGCUCGACAGCCUGGCGUUCACGCGCGGCGGCGGGACGGCGGCCGCGCUGCCCGCGGGCGACACGGCGCCGCUGGUAGGCGACAAGCCGUCCCGACGGCCGAUCCUGCCGCUGUUCGGUCGGCCCGACCGCACCCGGUACCGACCGCGACCGCGGCCCCGACCGAGGCCACGACCGGCGCCGGAGACUACCCCGCCGCCGCGGACCACGGCCCCGCCGGUCACCACCGAGCCGCCUCCGCCGUCCACCCCGCGGGUCACAGAGACACCCGCCCCGGAGACACCAACCACCAGACGGACCCCGCCGACCACCGAGAGGGUCACCAGGAGGCCGCCGCCGCCGCAGCCGACGACCAAGGAGCCGCUGCCGCCGCCGGAGGAGCGCGUGAAGAGGCCUCCGCUGCCGCGGCCAACAAAGAGGCCGACUCCGCCGCCCAUCGAGGAGACCAACGACCUCGCCACGGGAGGCGACCCGUUCUCCCUGUUCGGUGCGCUGAAGCUGUCCGGGUGUAACAUCUUCGGCCGCAUGUACCGACUGAACACGGUGGUCUCUGAACUAUCGGACAAGUGCACCGAGUGCCGGUGUACCUCCACGGGAGUGACCUGCCGCCCCACCGGCUGCUGAGUAGCCGCGGGAGCGGAACGGGAGAACAUGGUCAGCGAGACAGGAGCAGGAGCGGAGCGGAGCAGGAGUCGUCUGGAGACGGAGCCGAACCGGAGCCGGAAUCGCGUUUGAAGACGGACGGGAUCCGAGGUUUCCGACGUCAGAAACCAGAUGCACAACCUCCAGCCGCGAGGGAGGGGAACUGAGCCAUGCAUUCCGGGCAUUAUUGUGAGAUCGGUCAAUGGUCAGUGUGUUGUUCUGGUCUCAGAGGCACUGGCGUCUGUACGCGUCAGUCUGCCAGCCGAGGGUUGGCCGAGUGACUGUGGGGCAUUAGAGAGCUGUUGUAACAGAUAUGAUGAGAAGCACUUCAUAGUGACAGUGAUUUUAAAUACAAGUUUUAUAAACA